CACGAGUCUCUCUCUAUAUUUCGUCAGCAUUUACGGUAUUGGUUACCAUAGUCUCUUCUAUCUCUAUCGAUCUGAAAAAGAGGAACAGUCCCAGGUCAUGGCGGGGAUGUAUGGUCAAGACGUUGGGGACGGUGCUCCGCCGUCAUACGGUGUUGGUGGUGGAGGAUACGAAGGCAGCGGUGGCGGGGGCUACGGAGCUUAUGGAGGCGGAGGCGGGGGCGGGGGUGGUUCUGGUGGUGGUCGCGGUGGAGGUCAUGGAGGCCGUGGCGGCGGGAGAGGAGGUAGCGGAGGAUACGGCGGAAAUUCUCAAAAUCGAGGUGGUGGAGGGUAUCAGGGCGGAGAUCGCAGCGGUGGCAGAGGCGGAAGAGGCGGGGGACGCGGUGGAAGUGGCAGAGAUGGCGAUUGGCUUUGCCCUAACCCUAGUUGUGGGAACAUGAACUUUGCAAGAAGAGUCGAGUGUAACAAAUGUGGUGCACCUUUUCCUACGGGCGCUGGUGAUCGUGGUGGUGGUGGUGGUUAUAACAGGGGAGGAAGUGGUGGGGGGCAUGGUGGUGGUACUCGGGGUGGUAGGGGAGAUGGGGGUAGAGGUAGCAGAUAUGAUAGUGGCAGAAAUAACAAUUAUGAUGGAGGUAGAGGUGGUAACUAUGAUGAUAGAAGUGGAGGCAGAUCUUAUGGAGGCAGUCAAGGAAGAGAAGAUGGGGGAUAUGGUCAAGUUCCUCCUCCUGCACCUCCAUCAUAUGGUGGUGCUGGUGGUAGCAAUUAUCCACCUGCUUCUAAUGCUUAUGUUGGGAACGCAAAUUAUGGAAUGGAUGCGGUUCCUCCACCGACAAGCUAUGCUGGUGGACCUACGUCAUACCCUCCAUCUUAUGGUGGUUAUGGUGAUGGUCAGGCUGGCCCUGCUGGUGGAUAUGUUUCUGGUGGUGCUCGACAUCAGGCAGGGGGUUAUGGUGGUCCUCCCAUUGAUGCCUCUAAAGUCAAGCAGUGUGAUGACAACUGUGGCAACUCAUGUGACAACACAAGAAUAUACAUAUCAAAUUUGCCACCAGAUGUUACUGCAGACGAACUAAGGGAACUUUUUGGUGGCAUUGGACAAGUAAUACUCCAAUCUUCCUUUUGAUACAGUAUAUAAUUCAUGGACAUUAAGUUCAAUAUUGUUGUUUCCAUUUUCUUUAUGUUCAUAAAGCAUAUAUCUACUGCAUUGAGGUCUUUAAAAUAUAAAUUUUCUUCUUAGUUCAUCCUUUUUACUCUUGGGGGAGAUUUGUGGUCUCUGACAAAGGUGAUAAUAAUUUCCAUGAAAUUUA